AUGUCGCCUGAUAUAGAUGAUGAACUUCAAUUUAAUUCGUACAAAUUUCAAGAUUCAAAUGAUUCUGUUAUUUUAAAUUUUCAUGCAAAAGGAGCUUUUGAACAAAAAGAUGUUGAGGUUCUUCCUGAUAGUGAUUCUCUUGAGGUUUCUACACCAGCUGGUGAAAAAUGGAAAUUCGAAUUAUAUGAACAUAUUUAUUCCGACAAAACCGAAAUUAAAACUGAGAUAAAUGAAAAUAGAACGCAAACAACAAUUAAUUUAUGUUUAUAUAAACAAGCACAUAAAAUGUGGCCACAACUUCAUAGUCUUCAAUCAACCCCAAUUAUACCAGAACGAAAUAAUCUAAAUAAAGAUAUGAACAAUCAAGAAAAACAUUCGUCUAUUGAACAGCAAGAGUCUUAUGAGUUAUCAAUAAAAAAACUAAAAACUGAAUUUAUUGAAUCAACGCCUAACACUGCUAUAUCAUAUAUUUAUAUAAACGAAGUUUAUAAUUGUCAAGUACAAUUUACUGAAACUAAUUUUACGGCUAAAUUUUGUACAAACGAUGAACAAUUUCUUCAACUUCAUUCAAUACCAUCCAAAAUGCCAAUUAGAUUAUUUGUUCGUGUUAAACAACGUGUUAAACCUGCUCAAUGUACCUUUGUAGUGACAUCAACAUAUAUUGAAAUUAAACUUAUGAAGGAAAAUGAUUGUGGUGUUAGAUGGAAUCAACUUGAACCAAAUGAAUAUUCUGAAUCUCGUUCAAUGAUACAUUCAUCAUCACUAUCAACACAUCCACUAUUGAUAACAAAUUCAAAUAUAAAUAGAAAUUCUCCCCGAUUAUCAUUUAAUGUAAAAGAUAUGACGCAUAUGCCAAGCAUAUCAUCACCACCAUUAAGUGGCUAUACUGGUAUACAUAAUCCAGCUAAUUCAUGUUUUAUGAAUGCUGCUGUACAAUGUUUAUCAAAUACACGUGAAUUACGAGAUUAUUUUCUACAAUUAUGUUAUUCUGUUGAAAUAAAUCGAGUAAAUCCACUUGGUAUGAAAGGUGCAAUGGCUGAAGAAUUUGGUAACAUAAUUAAAGAUUUAUGGGCAGGAAAAUAUAGCUAUAUAAUUGCAAAUCAAUUACGAGAUUAUGCAGCAAAAAGACAUCAAGAAUUUGUUGGUAAUGGACAACAUGAUGCACAAGAAUUAUUAACGAUUUUACUUGAUGCUAUUCAUGAAGAUCUUAAUCGAGUAAUUAAUAAACCGCUAGUACCACCAAUAGAAGAUGAAAAUCGACCUGAUGAGAUUGUUGCUGAUGAUUAUUGGCGUGGUUAUUUAAGUCGUAAUGAUUCUAUAAUUGUUCAAUUAUUUACUGGACAAUUUAAAUCAAAAACUAAAUGUCCACAAUGUCAUAAAGAAUCAGUUACAUUUGAUCCAUUUACAUCAAUAUCUGUACCAUUACCAAAACAUGUAUGUGUUGAUACAAUUGUUUCAUUUCGAAAUGAUGAAAAAUCACCAACUAAAUAUCGUGUUGUUAUGUCAUCAGAUGGUUCAGUUGCUGAAUUGAAACGUCGGUUAUCUAAUAAAUGUGGUUUACCAGUUGAUAAAGUUAUGUUAGCAUAUAAAAUUCAAAAUAAUCAUUCUAUAGAAUAUCUUAAAGAUGAAGAUCGAGUUACAGCAACUACUUAUUCAUGGAGUAAUUUUGAUAUGACUUAUAUAACUGAAACAUUAACAAGUGCUGAAUGUAAUAAUGAAAAAAUUAUUCACUUAACAUUUUUUCAACGUAUAUUUAAAUUACAUGAUUAUAUAUCAUCAUGCGGUUAUUGUCAAGCAUCACCAAAACCUGUUAGUUCACCGAUAUUUUGUAAACAUUGUUAUCAAGUAUCGUAUUGUGAUGAAGAAUGUCUAAAAUUUCAUGCAAUGGAACAUAAAGAGUUUUGUAAAUCUCGUUCAGCAGACAAUUAUGAAACUGUUGGUUUUCCAUUUAUUAUUUCAUUACCAGAAUCGAAAUUAACAUGUAAAAAUGUAUUUCAACAAAUAAGUAUUUAUGCUAAACGAAGUGUAGAUAUUCAUAUCGAACAUCCGAAACGAACUCGACGAUCAUUUGAUGAUUUUAAUCGAGAUUAUAGUGACUUUGAUGAUUAUGGAAAAGUUAUUGAUGAUGAUGAUGAUAAAGACAGCUUUAGUGAUAUCGAAGAGAUGGAUCCAUCAAUAAUAAAAAGUACACUUUCAUCAUCUGAUUCAUGGUCUAUAGUUCGUAUAGGUGAUUAUUUUGUUAAAGCAAAUAAAUAUAAACAACGUUCUAAUCAACAAAAUGAUGGAAAAGAAAAAAUACUUAAAAGUACAUCAACAAAUAAUAAUGAUAAUGAGGAACAAAAAAUGAUUACAAAUGUUGAAACUGUUAGCAGUGAUAGUAGUAUGGAAGAUUUUGAUAUGCUUGAUGAUAUAUAUGGUAGUCAACCACUAUUUCGUAUAAUGCCUCAAACAACAAGUAAUACAAUUAAUAAUUUUCAACCAAUUAUUGAAUGUGGUUCUGAUGGUGAUCGUAUUUUACAUUGUUAUACAACAUUUUCAAUUGAUUGGUUUACAGAUAAUACAUUCGAAGCAUCAUUACGUGUUACACCAUCAAGACAUCGUAGUGGAAUUAAAGAUCUUAUUGAAGAUGAUAGUGUUUUUAAUUCUUCUGCUGGAGAUCAAGAUGUAACACUUCAACAAUGUCUUCAAUUAUUUAUUGAACCUGAAGUAUUAGGUCCAGAUGAUAAAUGGUUUUGUCCACAUUGUAAAGAACAUAUUCAAGCUGAAAAAAAAAUGUCUGUUUGGCGUUUACCACCUAUAUUAAUUAUACAUCUUAAACGAUUUAAAUAUAAUCAUUGUUCAUCAUUUGGUUAUAUGUCUAGUUCAAGAGAAAAAAUUGACACAACAGUUAAAUUUCCAAUUCAUGAUCUCAAUAUGGCACCAUAUUGUUCAUCAAUAUCUGAAGAAAAUCAACAAUAUGAUGAUGCACCUCAAUCUCGUUAUGAUCUCUAUGGAAUUAUUAAUCAUCGUGGUUCGGCAUGGUUUGGACAUUAUACUUCUUAUGCAAGACUUUUAGCUUUUAAUGAUUCAGCAAAAACAGAAAUAGGUUGGCGUCAUUUUGAUGAUCAAUUUGUUUCAUCACUUGGAAAUGUUAAAGAUCUUGUUCGAUCUGAUGCUUAUGUUCUUUUCUAUCGUCAUCGUAAUUUAUCAAUUAAUUUUUCCUUACAAGAGCAAUUACAACGUGCUCUAUCAGAAUCCACAACUACGUGA